AUGGAGGAAAGUGAGCAGGACAGCGUCAUCGAGGAUGAUUCCGCAGACACCGAAAGACAAGAAACACGGCACCCAUGGCCUUACCUGAAAGAACUUUUCGUUGUUGUUGGCUAUAAGAAUGAUUCGUGGCGGAUGCAGUGCAACCUGUGCUUGCCCAAAAAACACGAACUUUUGGCAUUCAAGAAUUCACCGUCCAAUCUGAAGAAGCACAUUCAGAGGAAACAUGCCAAUCAUUUGGAGAGAUACAAAAAUCUCACUGCAGCUCCAUUGAAAAGGACGUCGUCCACAUCUGAUGAAGGCUCAUCCAAACAGCUUAAAUUGUGGGAUGUCAAGAGGGUCUCACAGAAGAGUGUGGAUGAAUUCAUUUUGAACUUUGUCAUUCAAGAUAAGGAGUCUACACUCAAGGUUGCAGAGCGAAAUCUCUUGGAAGAGAAUCAACCGAAGGGCAAAAAGAGAAUGAGGUUGCCCAAUAAACUGUACCUUAACACCCAGGAAGAAACUAUAGUUGCAAAUAAGAAACUCGACUACAAACGAAUGGCUGCAAGACGGUCUGAGAUGGAGCUUUUAUCCCAAGAUGAACCUGAACUCAGCCCAGUGGACACUACUUCCUCAAGUUUCACUACUUCUGAGAAACUUGAGGAAGAAAACAGGGCUCUCAGGGAAGAAAUUAAAAGACUACGGGACCAGCAGAAAGCAGGAUCUUCUGCAGAUCUUGAGACCCAAGUCAAGGCUCUAACUAAGGAGAACGCAUAUCUGCGCAAAAUGGCAAUAAAAGAAAUUCCAUCCGUCUUAGCAGCUGUGAAGACCCUCAUUGCAGACAAGAUGCCCGCAAGCCAUGACGGUGGAGACUCUACCUUCAUCUCCUCAACCCACAUCUCCCAAAUCAAUAUCAGGAAUGACGCCAUCCGGGUGGCUGCCCAUUGUUGGGAGACGGCGAAGGCGCAACCAACUGCAAAGGGCAUGGCCCGCACCCUCCUGCUGGGCCUGUUUAGCAUCGAUGUCCUCUUGAAGUCCAACUUGACUGGAGGGAUUAACAAGGUCGACCCAACUGCUGAGAGACGUCAGCCUCUGGAUCCCAAGAAGCUAAAAGCUUUAUUUGUGCUCAUUAUUCUGAAGCCUCCAGAGGAGCUGUUCCACACGUCAGGAAAGAUGUGUGUGUCUCGUCAGUCUCAGUCUCGCAGACUUUGUCAAAACGUUUGUCCCUAG